UAUUAUAUCUCCCUUUUCAAGUAUUUAUUUUUCCCCUUUCAAGCGCUUCUACCAAUAGGAGUGAUUAAGAUGUUCUUGUGCACGGGUAAAAUUGUAUACAUUUAUACGUUGUGCUUCCUUCCUUCUGCUUUCACCAAUACUCUUUGGUAAUUCAUUGAUCUCCUUAUGUUAUGUUUGAGCAUCAUCUCAUUCAUUAUGUAGUUCAUCUAUCAUUCCUUUACUAAUUGAUUUCAUCUAUUUCUCUUAGUAAGGAGCUCCAUUGAAGCAUUCUCAACUCAUAUAAUCCGACUUGGUGCGGUUUAGCCGGAAAGAGUCGGUAGAUCAGAGAGAGAAAGAGAAUGGGGGUGAACCAGCAGAGAUGUGGACAGAGGGUGGUGAAGGCGGUGCUUUUGGUUAUGGGAGUGUGCUUGGUGGGAUAUAUUCUUGGUCCGCCAUUGUAUUGGCACCUCAAGGAAGGCUUAGCAGCAGUCAGCCGUUCUUCUUCUUCCUACUACUCAUGUCCUCCUUGUACCUGUGACUGCAAUUCUUUACCCCUUCUCUCCAUCCCUCAAGGAUUAAGUAAUGCUUCCUUUUCAGAUUGUGGAAAGCAUGAUCCCGAGGUGGGUGAAGACACAGAGAAGAACUUCGCAGAGCUCUUGUCUGAGGAAUUAAAGUCGCGAGAAGCUGAAGCUUCUGAAAACCAGCACAAAGCCGACAUUGCACUGUUAGAGGCAAAGAGGAUGACAUCUCAGUACAUGAAAGAAGCAGACAAGUGCAAUUCUGGGAUGGAGACUUGCGAGGAGGCCAGAAAAAAGGCCGAUGUGACCCUACUGUCCCAGAAGAAGGUGACUGCAAUGUGGGAGUCGAGGGCACGCCAGAUGGGGUGGAAGGACAAGACUGCCAAGUCUCAAUGAAGCCCAUCAUGUACAUCUGAUUCAAAAUGUUUCCCCUACGAGACUCGGCCUCAAGGCUCUCUCAUUUCUGAAAGAUCAUGAAAAUUUCUCAUAACCCAAAAUUUAUUUCUUGUUUUGUAAUAUGAUAUAGCCAUAUAGGUAAAUAGGAGUAUAAUAUCAUUUGCCCGGUGUGUCUACCAAAUAGUAGUAUAGAAGUUGUUUACUCACUUUUUGCUGAAAAAUGUGUCAAAAAAUGUUCGGUCUUUUAAAUAGGAUGAAUAUUUCUUGAGAUAUUACCC